AUGUGGAGACAGAACAACAUUCCAGACUAUCAGAUGGGCUACCAAGCUUAUCCCUAUCCCGAGCCAACAAUGGACGAGAGGUACCUCGAGACAAUCCCCGAGGUCGAGUCUUUGUACAGUCGCCGCAGUAGUGUUGCGGCCACUGCUCUCCCAGAACUCCCAUUUCGGCCUGUCCCUCCCAUGGAGGAGCGAACGUCGGUCUACUCGAUUGAUCAGGAUUCGGCCUCCCCCAAUAUCUCCGAUUACAAUCCUCACCAGCCAUCGACGCAGCCGAGACAUCAACAUGACGCCAGUCUAGCCAGUGUCUCACCCCUAAGCAGCCAGACCUCCUUCCACCCAAAUGGCUCUGAUGCCUCUCUGGUCUCUCCCAUCGAACCCUCAUUCCCGACGCCCACGCAGUCAGAAAAGUCGUUCAAAAGUCAGAUUCCGCGGAAGUUGCCUGUCCCCGCCUCACAAAAUACCCCUGAGGAAGGGGUCAAAAAGCGGUGGAAUCUACGGAAGGAGGGAAAUGAAGAGACUCGGUGGGAUGAAUACUCGGGUGAACCCAGCCAGGCAGGGAAGCCAUCUUCGGUCCGUCCUGGAGUAGUGCCGUCUUCGAAUGAUCAGCCAUACCCCCAGCUCAAGGAGAGAACGCGGCAGAUCUUGGCUGGUCUGAAGGACAGAGAAACAGUCAAAAAGUCGGCCUGGACAAAAUCUCCGCCUCCCAACCCGGGUGACCCCUUGGACAACCCGAUCCAACGACCGCCGUGGAGAGGGGCAAGUGGUAGACAUGCCAUAGUCGAGCCUGUAAAGAACACCCCAGAAGCGCGAACCCGACCGCUGAUGCUGGUAGAGCGGCGUAAGAUACCCGAGACCGAGACAAGAAGCGAGACACCGGAGGAAACGGCACCUCUCGAACCGAAUGCUUUGUCCCCUAUCGACUCACUUUCUGUUGCCGCCUCACAACUCCCGAACCUCAAAACCGUGGACUCGGAGGAGAGCCUGAAGCCCGUUGCCCCACUGAAAACCAAGAAGAUGCCGCAAGCGCUGUCGCCGCAAGCACUGUCACCCAAGCAGUUGGAGUAUACGCGGCUACUAGACAGCCCAUUCCAAAGUCCUGGCUCACGUCCAACCAUGGUCGAGCCAGCUCAAAGCCCUGCCCCCAGUACCGUUCAAGAGUAUGGAGCUGAUAGCCCUACGCUGGGUUCGAACACGCCCUCCAUCAUCGGACCUGACAGGAGGUCCAGCGAAGAUUCCGAUAUUACGGCGCACCGAAAUCCCCUGCAGCGUGAACUAGAUUCCACGUCGAGUUGGAACACUUAUGCGACCGACGCGACGGACGAUAGCAGUCAUGUUCCUCCGAGUCCCAUCGCACGAGAGGAGCUCACGAGCAGUCCUGUGCCCAUAGUACAGCUCCCGCCUGCGGCAGUUCCAGAACCGAUUGUGCUCCGCAAACGAGUAGCAGCGAACAAUAGUGGCCAUCGCAGCUACGACAACUACAGCAGCAUCUCCCCAUUCUCAGCCAUCACCGGCCGGAAAUCGUCCAAUAUCCUUCGAAAAGCCGUUGGUAACGACUCAAACGCCAAUGACCGCAAUGGUAAACCUCGGGCCGUGUCUUUGAUGUCCGGUACGUCAGCGACUAAAUCGCUUCCUCCAACACCUGGCGAACUCCAAGCUGCGGACAAAAUCACGUCUCUCAGUGCCCGACUGGAGGACCUCGCUCGGCGCAAACGGAAUCUGAACAAAAUCAUCCUGGAACUUCAGGAAUCACUGAAGAAGAACGCGAUUGUCUACGACUCGAGAAAGCGCAAGGAGGUCGACAAGAUGAUAACCAAUCUGAAUCUCGAAAUUCAGGAAGUCAAGAAUGAGGAGCACGACGUUCAACUGAAGCUGCAUCGUGCACAGAAGCGCAGGGAUAAAGACGACUUUUACGAGCAACCCACUGGGUUGUGGAUCAAAAGAGUGACUAGUUGA